UUUGCAUUUCUAUUUGCUUUGAGAAUUUGUAGAGUAUGAAACAAAUGAAUUUUAUCUUAUUUUUCACAGUAAAUACAGAAAGCUGUGGAGUAAUACCAAAUUUAUCACACAAUUCUAUGGAAUUUGAUCCCAUAUCAGUAAUUAAAAAUUAUUAGUCAUUGGGCCCCACUGGACCUAGCUCUGAGUAACCUUUCCAGAAGGCUCUGGCUUAUCGAUCCAAUGUACAUUCAUCACUGUCGUAGGGGGCUCUAGGAAUACUGGCGGUCAAUGAGACUUGAGAAACGUAAGCUUAUUCAUUAAAUUUUGUGAUGAACUCUUCAAUUUUUUUUUCGGAUUUUCGGAUUGAAAAGCUUCAUAUACAAAAGUAGGGUGCUAAAGCCGGCCCUUAUCCUCCCACCAACCGUUUGACCUUGAAUGACGUCACUUGUCCUUGAUAUAUGUGCACAUGAUGUGACUUUGAACGUGAAGUUCGACCUUGACACUCGACUCUUCGAUGACCUUGAUAUUGCGUUGUUACGAAAUAUUACAGUAGGUAUUCGUGCAGUGAAUAUGGAAAUAAUUUCAAUAGGAGUGACAACCUGCGUCAUCAUCAGCGGGAUUCCUUUACUUGCUUGAGUAUCGAUCUGAUUUUUCUGUUGGAAAUAUAAUUCUUUGGAAGGCACAUAAUGCAUUAAAUCAGCUGAAUUUGGCGCCAAUUUCUGUGAUAGUUGAGUGAAAGUAUCAGGUCAGUAAAAUGAAAGGAGAAGGGGAAAAUUCACGCUUCAAUGAACAACAUUCAGCUAUAAAAGCUGUGGGAGUCAUCAAUCAGUUAUUAGUUCCAAUUUGUUUUGUGCUUUGCUGAAGAUGUUUCGUUUGUUUCCUGUUAUUGCCGCUUCCUGCUGUCGUAUGGUACCCCUACCUACGGAAAUAUGGGCCCUAAUAUUUAGGAUGUUGGACCCAUGUUCAUUAGUUGCUUCUAUCAGAGCCAAUCCGCAAUGGAUGGAUAUUUGCGUCGGAGAUUCUAUUCUGAGACAGAAAAUCCGAGAAGGAUUAGAACUGGAGAGAAAACACAAUCUGGAGGUUGUCAUAGACCCACGGACUACUGUCCAAACUUUUCGAUUGGGUAAUACCGAAAGGAUGUUUUCCCGCAAUAUGAGGAAAACGGUAGUCCAAGAGAGGUCACGAAUACAGAUUGAACCAAUUCCAGCAAAAAAGAGGAAAAUUUUAGUACAACUGAUUCCAAGUGAUCAGGAGAUGAAGACGAAGAGAGCUAGAAAGUGUGUGAAAUAUCGAUUAUAAAUGAUUGAUUGCAAAAUUCCAAACGUUUUUUGUGAUUCUGUGAU